CAUGGACUUUCGUUGAAACUGUCUCUUGUAUAAAAGCCUCACCCUCAAGCCUCAAGCCUCAAGCCUAUCGCCUCACGCCUCACGCCUCAUCAGCUCAUCACCCACUUCAGUCCGUUCUAUUCUGUUUUUCUCGAAUUCCUACAAUCCCCACUCACUUUUCUACCAAAUUACCCUAACCCAUCUCCAAAUUUCACCUCUGAAUCUAUUAUUUUUCUUCCAAUCAACCCCAAGAUCCUGUCUCUCUCCCCACGUCCCCAUAAUGCCACAACCUCUCUAAAAUUUCCUCGUUGUUUCUUGCUGCUUUUCUUGGUGAUUCUCUGCGUUGAAUCAGUGCACGAGAGAUGACGAGUCAGGUGGUGAAGGUACGGCGGGAGACAAUAGCAGCAUGCAUGACAUGCCCUCUUUGUAAUAAGCUUUUGAAGGAAGCUACGACAAUAUCUCUAUGUCUUCAUACGUUUUGCAGGAAAUGCAUAUAUGAGAAGCUCUCAGAUGAAGAGGUAGAUUGCUGUCCUGUAUGCAAUAUUGAUUUGGGCUGUGUUCCUGUGGAUAAACUCAGGCCUGACCACAAUUUGCAAGAUAUAAGGGCCAAAAUUUUUCCUUUCAAAAGAAGAAAGAUCAGUGUUCCUGAAGUUAUGCCUCCAAUUCCACUGCCAGUUAAAAGGAAGGAAAGAUCACUUUCAUCUUUGGUCGUAAGCACUCCCCGAGUAUCAAUGCAGACUGGCUUGACCGGAAGGAGAACAAAAGCUGUUGCAAGAAAGAGUACUGCUCUACGAGGUUCCAGUUUUUCCAUUGUGGAACCCAUUAAGAAAGAGGAAGAUUCUGUGGAAGAUUGUCCAGAAAGCUCAAGCUCACCUGAGUCUCGAAACAAAGUUGCUCAAACUAAGAAGCAGAAUUCUUCCAUAUCUGAAGCUUCAAAAGAUCAAAAGCCUAAUAAAGAUACUGAGAAUGAUGCUGAUCCAUGGGAUGGAAAAGUUGAUCUGUGGACACCCUUAAACUGUCUUGUUGAAGCUGCAAACAGAACCAAGUCCUCUAAAUUUAAUUCUCAAGGGACGUCUCUUGCUAAGUCGGAACCAUUUAAUGCUCCUGACAGUGAAGUAUAUAUGCCUAAAACUAAAGCUAAAGCAGAGCCACUGAAUGCCGCUGAUGGUGAAGUCUGCAUUCCUAAGACCAAAAUGAAGGAGCAUGGACACAAAAUAAAAGUUCAAGAUGAUAAGAAUGGAGCCGCCUUGCUUCCAGGACCAGUGAAACGUAGAAGAAUGCGUGCAGUGGGCCGAAAAAGAAUAUCUGCAUCUGGGGAAAUGUGCACCCCAGCACAAGUUGUGCUAAGUGCUGCAGGGGCCAAACGCGGCAGAAGAAAUUGUCCAAUUUGGUUCUCAUUAGUUGCUUCUGAAAACCAGGAAGGAAAUGGUCCCUUGUCAAAGAUACCUGCAUAUUACUUGAGGGUAAAGGAUGGUAACUUGCCUGUCUCAUUUAUUCAGAAGUACCUUGUAAAGAAACUUGAUCUGACCAACGAAGCUGAGGUGGAGAUAAGGUGCCAGGGUGAAGCAGUGGUUCCGACGCUGCAGCUGCAGAAGUUGGUGGAGCUAUGGCUGCGAACAGCAUCGACAUCCAAAAGAGUGGCAACAUCAGUAGGCACCUCAGCCAAGGAAUUUGUGAUGGUCUUGACAUACACAAGGGUCCAAGCCCGUUGAAGACACAAACAAACCUCUAUCAUUCUUCUUCUCCAUCUUCAUUAUUUAAAUCUUCAAUAAUAUAUGUCCCCUUGUAGGAUGUCAUAAAAAUCCACCCAUUUUCUGGGUGCACUAUGUGUGAACGGUGUGAUUAAGCCACAAUUUUCCAAAAAAAAAUUCUGUACAAUGUACACCCUUUUUCAUUGCUCUUAGCAAUGAUCCGGAAACAAUUAGAAAUUUUCUGUUUACCAUUUGG